UGAGCGUUGACGGUCUGUCACAUUUCACGCUGACACCAAGCGAACAGUGGGCUCAUACACACACAUUCACAUACACUCAGGCAGGGCUCACUAUAUUAUCGACAGAUCCGCGUCAGGAGUACAGUCGUGGAGAGCGCAUUGAAGUGUCUGAAAGCUUCUUCUGUGAGAGGAAACGAGAGGAAAACGCAGAAAAAAAGAAACAGAGGAAAUCCCCCGAAAGGAAAUGCCAAUCGCAGCCGCUGGACAGCCAACGACCCAGGAGCCUAGAGUUUGCCCCCGGCUGCCCUCCACCCCGGAGCCUGUCCCUAAAGGGGCUGAUUUAUUCGACGAGGCGGGGGCGGCGGAGUCGGCGGAGCGAACAGAGUACGGGGGCGCGGAGGGGGGCAGAGGACUCGGGGGCUAUAGUUACAGCCAGAGCGGCGCUAGGGGCUUUGUACAGCCUGGAUCCACCAACGGCUCUCCGCCGCAGUCCCCAACCGCGUCUUCAUCUUUUCUCUUCCACCCCCUUCACCCCCACCAAAUGGCCAUGGAACCCCCAAGGACUCGAUCGCGUUCUCGGUCUGGAUAUUACCAGCAGUACGGUGGUGGGAAUGGCACCGGAAUUACCGGCAGCGGAGUCAUGGGAUCUAACCAUCACCACCACCACCAUCAGCAGCAGCAACUGCAUCCACAGCAGCAGCACGGUGCCGGUUGCGCACCACUUGGAGCUCACAGCAAUCACUCGGAGAACCAGCAGCGAACCCCAGGAAGUAACGCCUCUCCCGGCAUUCAGAGGCUUUCUUCUGUUCCCGGAGCGCACCGCAUUUCGGCGGCAGGAGCCUCUGGUGGAUCCUACCACUGCCACCCAGACAACGCAUACGGAGAGGAGAGUGAUAAGAGUGAGGAAAGCCCCAGUCCAAAGCGCCAGAGGCUGUCCAGUCAGUCCGUCUUGGAACAACUAACCUCAUCAGCCCCCCCACCGUCCACCCCAUCUCCCCCCAUCCGCCCUUGGGAGUCAGGACCCCCAAGUCGGAGACAACCUCACCCCCACACACACUACCACCAGGAGAGAUGCCUCACUCCCGCUCGGCACAGACGCAGCCCACCAGCGAGGCGUCAGCGCGGUCGUCUAUCCAGACCUACCCGUCACUUGCCUCCCCAUCACCACCCCUCCACCCAAGGCCCCGCACCUCGCCAAUCACCAUCUGAGCUCCAGGAUGAAAACUACCACCACAACCCCCACCCCACCACACACCAGACAUAUCCAACACAUACACCCAGCGCGUACGGUCAGCCCCCCACAGCUGGCGGUGGUGGGGCGGGUUCGGAGGAGCCACGAGCUUUCCACCCCCCCACCUUGUCGCCACGGCUACUGCAUCCAGCUGCCCACCACCACCAUCACCUCCAUCAUCAGCAACAGCAUCAUGCAGCACAACAGCAGCAAGGAGCCAUGGUCAUGGACUUGCAUGAACAGCUGCAGCAAGGCAGUGUACCAGUCUCCUACACAGUGACCCCAGUCCCUCCUCACGGUCUCGCAGCACCUUUGUGUAGUGGUCAGCACCUUCCCCCUACCUGCUCCUCGCAACAACAGGUUCCCGCCUGCAGUGUGGUCUUCAGCGCUGGACAACACUACCACCCGAUGCUACAGGCUUGUUCAAUGCAACAUUUGCCAGUGCCCUAUGCCUUUCCCUCACUGCUGUCCAGUGACCCUCAGUUCCUGCUUCCUCCUCCACCUCACCUUUCUCACCACCCACCCCACCUCCCCACGCCCGGACAGUUCCUGCCUUUCCAGACACAACAGCCUCGAUCGCCGUUACAGACGAUCGAAAAUGAGGUUGAGCUUCUGGGAGAGCAGCUUUCAGUGGGUGGAGGCUUCAGCUACGCCCACCACCAUCACCACCACCAUCACCACCAGCCUCCUUCCACCCUGCCGCCCUCCACACCACUCCAGUUUCUCUCGCAUCAUGACCCCCUGUCACAGGAGCUCUUUACAGUGCCCUAUCCUCACUUUAUGCCUCGCCGAUUCACAAGCCGGCGUUACCGCUCUCAGCAGGCUGUUCCCCCGUCACCCUACCACCCCAGCUUCUUGCCUUACUUCCUGUCCAUGCUUCCUGUGCCCCCAAAUGUGGCCCCCACUAUCAGUCUAGAGCUGGAUGUGGAUGAUGGAGAGGUGGAGAACUAUGAGGCCCUUUUGAACCUUGCAGAGCGUCUAGGAGAGGCCAAGCCCCGUGGUCUAACGAAGGCAGAUAUAGAACAGCUUCCAUCAUACAGGUUCAACCCCAACAACCAUCAGUCUGAACAAACACUGUGUGUGGUGUGUAUGUGUGACUUCGAGUCUCGCCAGCUUUUAAGAGUCCUGCCAUGUAAUCAUGAGUUCCACGCCAAAUGUGUAGACAAGUGGCUUAAGGCUAACCGGACCUGUCCUAUCUGUCGAGCCGAUGCCUCUGAGGUCCAAAGGGACUCUGAGUGACAUAUGAUUUGUAUCAACAGCCGACACCCACAGUCCCUGAUUUCCCUUUUGACUCUCUUUUGGAUGCACCAACCAAUCAGCAAACUUCUCUCCCUCUAUAACACGUCAUCGCUCAAACAUUCUGCCACAGAACUGGGACCAGUGCUCCUUAAUCCUUCACUCUUUAUCCUCCAGGACACUGAACAGUAAUUCUCACCUGGGAUCAGCAUUAGGGGUGUGGAAGCUUUCUACUGACUUGUGCUCACUUUAUUGCUGGACUUCCUAGGCCUUCUGUUAUGGACUACUACUCUGCCUUCUACACAUGGUUCCUCCUUUCUAUGAAUGGCCUUUGAAACACACAGUGUCACAUGCAGGUGGACAUAUAUAUGUGUAUUUUUUAAACUCAUCAUGCCCUUCCAAACUGAUGCGACCUGUUCAGUCUACAGAUGGACAGAGAAAAGACUGCUUUGAAAAACUUCUGUAAAGUUGUACUAACAAACCCUACGGGAGAAUCUGCAGUCCAAAGAUUAUUUUAAUGUCAUUGUUAUUAUUCUGGUUAUAAUGAAGCAUUUACAUCUUGGCUUGCAGAGACUGUCAAUCUUACUAAACUCAUUAUAAUUACAGUUGAACUGAAUCAGUCCAUUUUAAUUUCUGUAUGUGUAUUCUUGCAUUCCUUAACAUGAGAGCAGUCUAUAUGGGGUGGAACAAAGAUACUGUAUAAGGUGUGUCAAAGAGUGAGCUACUUUGCAACAGUGAAAAUAUACUUUAUUUUGUCUAGAUGUGUGUCUGCAUGUAAAUGCGAGUGUGUGUGUGUGUGUGUGUGUGUGUGUUACUCUUCCUGUGGUAUUCAUACAGUUCACGUGGUACAGAUUGAAUUAACGUCAGACCUUUACAGCCAAGAUUUACUUAAAAAUCAAACAAGUGUAGGACCAGGAACUCCUCCAGGGGAGUGAACAAUGCUGUGUCAUAUGUCUUUGUGUUUAUGCCACACUUCAUUAACACACCCUACAACCUCAGCUCCAUCACUCCACACCUGUCCAUCUACAUUGUUCUUACCUGAAAUCAGUAGAGGCUGAAGACUUUUGAUUGGUCAUUUUUUGUGAUUCAGUAUUUCCUAACCAUAAUGAAACAAAUCAUGACUAUUUAUCUCUGUCUUGACAUAUCCACUAAGCUCUCCCCCAAGGCACAUCAUGUGAAUACAGUUAGUUCUUACGUAGCUGGCCAGGUGGAUGCAAAACAUUCAUUAAAACAUCUCCAAAACUGUCAUUCAUGCCCAGUUUUCUAGCUUUCUUAAAGAAGUAAGGCAUUUGAAGACAUGUGUCUGUACCUGCCUUGGUACCCAAGCAGCUGUGUGUUUUGGCAGAUACACGUGCAAUGUUUUCUCCAUCACUGACAGGGAUCAAGCUUAAAGAGACUUAAAAGGUCAUAGCUAAAUCUACUGUGUUUCACCAGACAGCAGAUCUGACACUUCAGCACUUUAAUACAUAGAUUUAAGACCUACACACUCUCAUACCAUAUAUAUCACAUUGUGAACAAACCACUGAGCAGUUUUUCAGUCAGUGUGUGUAUGUGAGCAAACAUUUGAAUGCAUUAAAAACAUACAUCUCCACUAUCAGUAUCCCAAUCUGUCAACCCUUUCAUGUUCUCUCUGCACAUCUGUACAGAGGUUUUCUGGGCUCUGUUUCUUAAUGAUACUUCAUCUCUGUUAGGCCUAUGUCAGCAUGUCAUAAUGUAACUCCAGGAUGUUCACCUCAUGCACAGAGUAGGCUUUAUAAUGUAAUUUAUCACUAUUUAUCACAAGUGGUAUUUUGUGUCAAAAUGACAACCUGACAUAGGCCUUAGAGAGGUUGUGUUGACAAAAGGUUGGUUUGGAAAGUUCAGCCACCCACCUGCAGUCUUACAUCUGAGAUCCAUCCAUCCAUCCAAUAUCUAUACCGCUUAUCCAUUAAGGGUCGCUGGGGGGCUGGAGACAUCUGAGAUGCCUUUUAUAAACCUUCAUUUUCCAGGUACAACCAGUGUCACCACAGGAGACCAAUACAUUUGUUUAAACCCAUUUAAUGCAAACCAAGAGUAUCAGUGUCUGGGAAGAAUGUUCAUUUAAUACAACUCCUCCUAAGUCUUGUCAGUGUAAAAAGUCAUGUAAUAUCCAUGGGAAUGGAGGGAAAUGAUAUUUUCUGUCAUUGUUUUUUUUGCCCUUUGGAGUCAAAGGUCAUAUUCAUGACUGUAUGCAUCCAUUUUGUGUCUUAGGAUUGUUUUUGUGUUGGACAGUUUUCUGUUGCUUGGUACACUAGCAAUUACCUCAGUCCCACUAUUUAUGUCUUUUCAGAAAAUGGUGCAGCCAGUAUGAUUAGUGCUUAUCGAGUCAUUUUGCUAAUGUUUUCCAUUUUUGUUUUGUUGGGUUGUUUGAAUAUUUUUCCUUUAAACUUUAUGAAACUCUAUCAUUAAAAUGGUGUCAUAGUAGUUUCAUCAUGUAUUAUAUCUGUAACCAAAAUCAUUUGAAGGCCUGUUAUGAAAAUGAAAUUUUUAACAAACAUUUGUACAUUUUGUAUGAGAGUUAUUACUAGUAAUACUUUAUUAAGUAGUGCAAUGAUUUUUUUAAUCCCUUACCCCAUCUUUUGGAUUUCAAAAGCUGGUUCAAUAAUAAAUGUAUAACAUCCUCUUCUAAAA